AGCCAGUAGGCGGUGCUGCCUGGAGUUUGCUUCACUGCAGGGUGAGGGUUGGACGUGUGCUAAAGGCUAAAAGACUGAAAUAGAACGCGAUUAAAGCGUUGAACUUUUCUUUUGCCUUAAAAACAAAAUUUAAGGAGAAACGAAGAUGUCUGCAGGUUGCCAGCAAAGCGAAUGUCGUGUAAUCCCCACCAGGACAGUGAUUCUGAAUGAUGCAACGCAGCUACCUCAUGAUUAUUGCACUACACCGGGAGGAACGCUGUUCUCCACCACUCCGGGAGGCACCCGGAUUAUUUACGAUCGGAAGUUUCUUAUGGACUGCCGUCAUUCUCCAAUUGCAAAGACUCCACCUCGUUACCUCCCGCACAUCCCAGGUGUAACAACCCCUGGCAUUGCUGAAGAUACCAAGGCAGAAGCAAACAAUGCUGCUCACAGUGAAGGAAAAUCAUCCACUGGGGACGAAGCUCAAUUUGAGAUGGAUAUCUAAACUCUCCACGUACUGCAGACUCCGCUUCUCAAUGCUUUGAAGACCUGGCUUGUGGUUCCUAAUGCACAGGCCUUUGCCGUGGUACACAAGCUCUCCUGAAAUCUGCCAAAAAAAAGUUGAAUACAAAUGAUUUUCGCCUGUGGUUAACCCUGCAACGUUUAUACUUUGUCUAUGACCUUAAAUCAUGUUGUUUUUGAAGCAAAAUAAGUUGGUCCCAAUUUUCUGCUGGAUAUUUGGAUAAAGUUGGGGAUAUAAUCUUUUGAAAAUGGGAAAGGUAACAUUUUGUUUAAUGGACAAACAAAAGCUAUUUUUAAAACUUUGUACACAAAGCUAUCUUGAAGCAUUUCCCAUUAUAUAAUACUGUAUAUAUCUAGCAUCUGAUAUUUGUUUCAUUACUAAUUGAGUUCAAAAGCAAUUUUGGUACAAAGCCAUAGCUGUAUAAUCUUAUUUUUAGAACAUUGUGGAAUGUCAUAUUGAGUUCAGCAAGAACUCACAAUAAGCUCCUAGCUUAACUUUUUUUAAUUGCAAUCCCUGGAAUUCCCAAGUCAUUGUUUUUGUUUUAAAUCUGAUGUUCCACGUUUUUGUUUUUAAAAGAAAUGUCUUUUGUCAGUGAAGUCACUGCUCCAUUGGGCGUUUCUGAUGUUCUGAGGGUUUUCCAUUACUUCAUCUUCACGUUCCGUUUGGGGCACUUACCCCACUGCACUUCCCUGUUGUGAGCAGGGAGUGCAAGUUUAGGCAAGAUGGAAUUCAGCAAGUGUCUCGGACCUGAGUUGCAAACAUCUGAGUGUUUAAGCUUGACAAAAUCUGCAGUUAUUAGCAGAUCAUCAGGAGCUGUGAAGUAACACUAGAUUUGAAACCAUAUUGUUGAAAUGAAAAUAAAUGGGCCUGUCUUGUAUUUAAUUACUGGGAAUAAUGAGAUACUGUGUUUGCUUGCAUUGGGUUGGUUCUAUGUACUACCAGGCUGGAGAGAGUAGUAUGUCCUUGGCUUUUUUUUAAAAAAACACUUCAUGUAACAUUUUUCCACAUUUAACUGUUUAAGUUGAUGAGAUUUUAGUGUUUAUUAUUAAACUUGAUAUUGUGGAGAGUGAUCUGAAACCUGGUCCACUGAAGCUGCUUUCAAUGGGCAGGAGAACAGUGUAGGAAGAUGUAAUGCUGUCUUGCGUUGCCCUAUGAAAGCUGCUAGGAUAUGUUAGAGCUGAAGUUAAUUGAUUUAAAAACUGGUUAAAAGCACAUCAGGUCUGUCAGUUAGUAGAUAAUUUGGGGGGGGGGGGUGUUUGGAAGCCCUCCUUUGGAGCUUUUGAUGAUAAAAUGCCCCAGUCCCAAUAUAGGCCAUCCAACCCAUCAGGUUUCUUUCUAUGAUUGUUCCUGUAACAAACUAAUCCCACUCAUCUCUCCCCACAUUGUAUGUUAAAGUUUCUUUACUUUUUUUAAGGAAAGUAGUAUUCUCUUCAUGAUUUGUGGGGUUCUGGUAAUAGUGUGUAGAAUUACACGUAGUAAUUGGAUUCCUUAGUUGAAAGAUGCUCUGGAUCUUUGAUUGUCUUUCUGCUUGACAGUUGCAGAUUGACAGUUUCUAAUGUUUACUGUUCCUUGGAGAAGUACAGCACAGAAAACAGGCCCUAAGGCCCAUCUUGCCAUGAUUUGAUGGGGAUUUUGUUUUUAAUGGGGUUCAUGGCAAGGUGUCACUGCAUGGCUCCCACAAUUAGCUGGUUAAUACUCUCGGAUAAAUUAAUUAAACUCAGCUGCUCAGGUAUUUUGACUCUAGAAAACAACUCAAAUGGCAAGAAAAGGUGUUGUAGUCGAUUAUGAUUUAUUCUUAUUAUUUGUUGGGACAAGUGGAACAUUGGUCCAAUAACUACAAUGCAUGGUUCUGUGAUUCUUCUUAUCGUAAAAUAAUGAUUCCUUGGAUUGGAAGUGGUGCUUGUGUCAUCUUUUUAUAGAGACCUAUUAUUAGCUGCUUGUUACACUGAUAAUGUUUUUUAUAUAUUUUAAACUCCAGUAGAUCUCACCUGACUGUGACAAUCACUUUCACAGAAAUAAUCUCAAAAUUAUGUGGCUUUUCUUUCAGAGUUUGACUGCUUGUUGUCCCUUUUGUUACGCUUUUCCUCCCGCACACUGUCAGAGAUGAUCCCGCUUUCAUUGCCACUUCCUGCUACAACCUUGGCUCAACCCUCCAUCUGUGGCACAGAUUGGGCAGGGCGUAAUGAAAGUUGUAGCCGAAAGCUGGGCCAGAUCUUGUUUUCCUGCACCUCCUGAAAGCUGGUGACUGAGACUACACUAUAACGAAGCAUCUUCACCAGUUUGUGGCUUUGCCUAUCUGAUAAAUGCAAAUUAACAUUCAUCAGAUUGUGUCCUUACUCCACAGUAAGGGCAGUACAGGAGUACUAUCAGUACAAUUCCUGUAAUUCUUCAAUGCUUUUACUUCUAAUUAUUCUCAUCCUGCAAGCAUUGAUUUAUUUGGUGUGUGAUUCUUGUCUAAUGGCAGCUAUUUCAUAUUCUUCCUCAAACUGCAGUUUUAUAAUGCCAUGCCUUUUUAUUUCAAUUUUUGCCUCAUUUGAAGAUAACUCGAGUGCCCCCAAUCCUCUAAUGUUAUUGCGCAGACUUUAACUGUUUGGCUCACACUCUGCAUUUUCAAUUCUCUAUCAUUGGCCUGCAACCCAGCAAGGUACCUUUACAAAUUUUUGUCUACCUUCCCUCUAUAUAUUGAAAGAACAAGUCUAUUUGAUUGCAUGUUUUCUCCCCUGGCCUUCUGGUUUCCUUUCACUUGGCACAUGCUGAUAGAUUAAUUGGUUAUUACAAAUUAUCCCAGAGUAAAUAGGUAAUGAGGGUUUGGGGGGAAGUACUGGUCAAACGAGAGAAAUUGGUGGGGUAAUCAGAUUCCUUGGAGAGCUGGCAUGGACUUGAUGGGUUGAAUGUCUUCCUACAUUGUAAAGAAAUGUAGUACUUGAAAUUCAGUAGCAAGUCACCUGCUCUCAACUAUCUUUUGGGAAACCAUACUCAACAUUGAUGGUCCUGGAUUAACCUUAAGACAGUUCUGUAGAUUUCAUUGUUAGCUGAUGUGUGAGAAUUAAAAAUAGAAAUUCAAAUUAAUAAUAAAUCCCUUGCUUUGUACACUUGAGGAUUUCCUAGGUAAUAUUCUGAGUGAACACUGCCAUAUCCAGAGGAAUCUCACUUUCAUCACAAAGAGUAGUUUGAAAGAACAUUAGCAUAAUGCACAAGCUGUGUGAAUGUUGGCUUUUGUGCUCAGCUAAGUUCCAUGAUGAUAGGACAAGUUUGGAUUGGUGGUAGAAAACCUACGUCACUAACAGUAAGGGCAGCUGCCUGCUUGCUUUGAUCCUUGCCAUAAUGUCAUGAGUGUUAUUUAUUUUGUUUUGUUCUAUUUCAAUUUAUAUUUGGAUAGAGUCUGAGCCCAGACUGAAUAUCUGCAGCUCUUUCAAAGCAGAAAUGUUACUUUGAUGUUUUUUUUAAUUGAUGCGCCUCGUUUAAAACUGCUAGGUACGGACUUGGGUUCUGCUCCACUUCACGGGCAUAUUCCUGGAGAGAUCAUCACAUGACUGACCACCUCAACCAUGUGGUGUACUGUGGUGUGUCUGGUUGGAAAGCGGAUAGUUUGCACAUCCCCUGGUUUGGAUGAUUCCUCAGUCUCGUUCAAAAAGCCCUACUUCCAUAUCAAAAAUUGUUCAAAGCAGAUUUAAGAUAAAACAAUUCUUUUGUUGAUUCAGUAAUCUGGGAAGUGUUAAAUGAGAAUAAAAAUGGGGUUAAAUGUAGGAUUAGUGUAACUGGAUGGUUGAUGGACACCAUGGGCCAAGAAGUCUGUUUCCAUGAUGUACCUCCUUGAUUAGUUCUUUCUCCUGGGUUGCUCCAAUAGUACCCAUAACUCUUAAUCUUUGUUUCUUGGGAACUCCAGAGCAAUCCUGGAUGGUCGGUUUUCCAAGAAAUUGAUAGAAAGUCAUUAGAUUAUUACCACCUACCUGGCUUUGGGCACCAACUUCAGGCAAGCACUGAAUUGAUGGCCAUUUUUUCAUUUUGAUGGUGGCAGCUUCUUUAUUCUAAUCCUCUUAUCAAAUCAACCUGUUGGCAAGCUGUAUGUAGUUGAGUGGUGCUAUGGGUGCAUUGAUGCAACUUGGAUUUACCAUCAAUGGAAAAGAAAAA